CUCUUCCGUUUCCUACUUUUGCGUGUGCAGCUCAGCAGCACUACCUCGCUCAUCCUACAAGGCGUGUGGACGAGUCCGAGCCGUCUUGCCUCCGAUCCGAGCCGAUGGACGCGCCUUCGUUCCACAUUUGGUUGGUGAACGAUCGACUGUCAUGCUAAGCACGCCCACAAGAACCUCUCCAUGUAUUCUCCGAGCGGGAAUUGCCUCAAAGCCAUAUGACGUGCCGUGCCACGAAAACACAUCGUAGAGUGCUAUCUCCGCUUGGGCGAUUUUGACGAUGUGAAGACGCCUUCACAUUAUGGUGUAUCGAUCGGUGCGCAGUGGAAAGAUCGACGGUGCCAGUGCCUUCUGUGGCCUUGACAUGAGGUGUAUAAAAGGGACGUCGAGCGACGUACGGGCAGACUCAGCAAUACCGCCCACACCGACUCUUCUCGCAACCCACCCAGAUCAGUCUACAUGUCUCUCCCCACCCGCAAGAUCGGCAACACCGAUGUCUCCGCCAUCGGCUUUGGCGCGAUGAGCAUCGCCGCAUACUAUGCCACCACCAUUGGGGAGGAGGAACGCUUCAAGCUCUUCGAUGCCGCGUACGAGAGCGGUUGCACCAACUGGGACACGGCGGAUGCAUACGGCGACAGCGAAAUCUCCAUCGGCAAAUGGUUCAAGAAGACGGGAAAGCGGAAUGAGAUCUUCCUGGCGACCAAGUUCGGCAUCGUGCCCGACGAACGUCUUGUCUGCGGCGACCCGGAGUACGUCCCGAAGGCGCUUGCCAAGUCCCUCGAACGGCUUGGGGUGGACUAUGUCGACCUCUGGUAUCUCCAUCGCGCGGACCAGACCGUUCCUAUCGAGCUGACCGUACGUGCUAUGGCCGAGCAAGUCAAGGCUGGCAAGGUCAAGUACCUCGGUCUCUCCGAAAUCUCCUCAGCCACCCUGCGCCGUGCACACGCCGUGCAUCCCAUCGCCGCCAUCCAAGUCGAGUACUCCCCCUUCACGCUCGACAUCGAGUACGAGAAGAUUUCCCUCCUGAAGACCGCGCGCGAGCUCGGCGUUGCUGUCGUCGCAUACUCGCCCCUCGGGCGAGGCCUGCUCACCGGCCAGAUCCGGUCCCCGGCUGAUUUGAAAGAGGGCGAUUGGCGACUGGCGACGCCCCGCUUCUCGGCGGAGAACUUCCCCAAGGUCCUCCAGGUCGUCGACAGCGUCCAGGCGAUCGCGAAGAAGUACAACGCGACGGCCGGCCAGGUCACCCUCGCGUGGCUGCUCGCCCAGGGCGACGACAUCAUCCCGAUCCCGGGCACCAGCCGCAUCCCCAAUCUGCUCGAGAACGUCGCCGCGGCGAAGGUGAAGCUCGCGAAAGAGGACAUCGACGAGAUCCGCAGGCUCGCGGUGGCGGCUGACAACACGCUUGGCGAGAGGUACAUGGCGCAGGCUUCAGCGCUGUGCUUCGCGGACACGCCUCCGCUGCCGUCCGCGUAAACACGGAGGAUAUGGAACAUACGAGAGGUGUACACUUUGGAGGUUCAUCUGUAAUACAAGUCAUUUCC